AUGCUUGAGGCAUUUUAUUUUUCUGCUGUUAUUGCCUCACUUAGUUUUAAUUUUGUAGGAAUGAUUAUGAAUCUGUUCAUUGCAGUGGUCAUUUACAGGACUUGGGUCAAAAGCCACAGAAUCUCCUCUUCUGAUAAGAUCCUCUUCAGCUUGGGCAUCACCAGAUUUUUUAUGCUGGCAUUGUUUAUCCUGAGCAUUUUGUACAUCAUCUCUUCAAAUGCUGAAAGGUCAGUCUCCUAUUACACACUUUGUCUGUUAUGCUGGAGGUUUUUAGACUCUAUCAGUCUCUGGUUUGUGACCUUGCUCAACAGCUUGUACUGUGUAAAGAUAACUAACUUCCAACACUCAGUGUUUCUCCUGCUGAAACGGAAUCUCUCCCCAAAGAUCACCAGACUGCUGCUGGCCUGUGUGCUGAUUUCUGCCUUCACCACUCUUCUGUAUGUUGUGUUCAGACAGAUGUCACAUUUUCCUGAAUUUGUGACUGGGAGAAAUGGCACCUUAUUUGACCUCAAUGAGGGCAUCUUGUCAUUGGUGGCCUCUUUGCUUUUGAACUCAUUGCUCCAGUUUAUCCUUAAUGUGACUUCUGCUUCGUUGUUAAUACAUUCUCUACGGAGACAUAUACAGAAAAUGAAGAAAAACUCCACUGGCUUUUGGAACCCCCAGACUGAAGCUCAUGUCCGUGCUAUGAAACUGAUGAUCUAUUUCCUCAUUCUCUACAUUCCAUACUCAAUGUCUACCCUGCUGUGUUAUCUCCCAUCUUAUUCGAGGAUGGGUUUGGGAAUCAAAGCCACUUGUAUGAUUAUUUCUGCUCUUUACCCUCCAGGACAUUCUUGUCUCCUCAUUCUCACACAUUCUAAACUGAAAACCAAAGCAAAGAAGAUUCUUUGUUUCAACAAAUAG